CACUGUGGCAGUGGUUAGGAAGUAGUGUCAGACAGUUGUAGCUUUUCGAAAUAAUGGAAUAGGGAAUAAUUUUAUUGAUAUUACACAUAGGUGUUAAGGCUUUUAAUACUUGUUUUUCCAUGUUAGGAAUUAUAAUUGGCAAACCACAAACGUCUUAAACCUUUCAGUCGUAGGUCCUACCACGACCAAACUUAGAUCCGUCACAAAGACGCACUCCGAUUUUUAGACGUCUUCGUCGUUUUUAUUUCACUAAAUUAGACGUGUAUAGAUGUUAUAUGGUUAGCGUUACCUCUAACCACUACCUCAGCGAAAACACAAAAUAGGGUUGCUGUGGAGAGGCAUAUUUUGAUAACCCACACACGCUUUUCACUUUUAGGCUGGGGAAGCUCCCAGACCAAACCGCGCAAGCUAGUUAGCCAUAGCUUGCUAAGACGCAAGGAAGGAUACCAAAGUGUUGGCCGGAUAAUACUGGCUAACUUGAACAUAGCCAUCUAGCUAGGGUAGGAUAGCAGUGCCAGGCAGUCGUAGUCAGGUUCAAAUCACUGCCUGUCAGAGCAAAAUCACUAAACGUAGUAGUUCCUAGACUGUUUCCAUUGGGUACAACAUGCCUCCUAGGAUAGACAAAGGGCUUGCAAUGGCAAGCAGGGUUAAAAUAGUUAGCUAGCGUUCACAGUACGAGGAAGCGAAAGUACACUCGAUGUAACUGUUAGCAGAAAUUGCCGGUGUAGCUAAUUUCCCCCUAACUUUCCUUAGAGGAGAUAUUUGAGGAACACGGCCAAGAUAGUUCACAGCGUCAAGGGGGACGUUUAACACAACUGCUUUUAGAUCAAGGGUGGGUGUCUCACAACCAGAUAGAGUAUCGAAGUGCUCCAAAUACUUUGCCUGCCGACUCCUGCCGUAGCAAGCCAGAUUGCUACAGCCAUUGAAUGCUGCUUUUUGUUUAAUCAAAUCGGCCAUACAGACAGCUAGUGACACUAGCGCUCCCCUUAUUACUUUGAAAAUGUCGAUUGUGCCCAACGAAGCUGCGCUACUGAUAAAAGAUGUUAAGCCGGGAUCGAAAAAUUUAAACAUCGUCUUUAUUGUUUUGGAGAUCGGCCGGGUGACCAAGACAAAGGAUGGACACGAAGUGCGCUCUUGUAAGGUGGCUGACAAGAGUGGGAGCAUUGCCAUCUCCGUCUGGGAUGAGUUGGGCAGUCUUAUCCAACCCGGAGACAUCAUACGCCUUACUCGAGGCUAUGCCUCAAUGUGGAAAGGUUGCUUAACUCUAUACACUGGAAGAGGUGGAGACCUACAGAAGAUUGGCGAGUUUUGCAUGGUAUAUUCAGAGGUGCCUAACUUCAGUGAGCCAAAUCAAGAGCUACUAGCCCAAGCAAAUAUGCAAAAUAAGACGGGUAAAGGGGAGCAAAGAGGGAACUCUCCACCAAAUCAGAAUUCAGGUACACCCCCACAAACGGGAAACGGUUCGAUGCAGACCUACUCCAACAAUAACAAUGCUGCUUUGCCCACACCUCGAGAUCCCCGGACCAACGGUCGGCCGCCUCCUGGAAACGGCGCUCCACCACCACCGGUCACCGCAGGCGGCCCUCCCGCUGCCCCCAAGCCCUCAGUCACCAUCAGCAAUGGCAGGGACCCUCGGCGAGCUUCGAAGAGAUAAAGAGCAUCAUGCAGGGAAAAAAAACAUAACGAAAUCACUUAUCGCACACACCCCAAUCCCCUGUUCUCUACGCCAUACUUCUAUUCCCUCUUUCCUUGAUCAACUACUACUUCUUGCGGUAUGGUUUGACACAGAUCUGAGCCGCUGAGAAAACACAUCACGUUACUGCCACUUGGGAAGAGGCUCGUCCAUUUUGUCUGUCCUCCUCCGGUUCAUCUUGUGCCAGAUUGUUCGGUCUUCACUAGUUGUGCCACAUUCCUAUUUCAUCAGUUGAAGCACUGCACUGAAGGCCAAAUCAUGGUGUCGACUCGUUCAUAUGUAAAGUUUGCCUGUUGUUCCUGCGAAAAUGAACUUUUUAAAAAAGAAAACAGUUAACCAGCCACAAACAGCCCCCGUUCCUCUCACUUAAGUGUUUUUUUUUACCAAUUCAGUGCCAGUUUUAUGCCCACUAAUGUUUACCCCCCUUAUCCCCUUAAAGUGUUGAAUGAAACUAUACACCCUACUUGAACACUUGAUGCACUUUCUUAAGUUAUAGAGGAGGCAUUACUGACUCGUGAUUUAAGCAAUGUUCUUUUUUUUUUUUGCUCUGAAUUUGCCAAUGUCGGGACAAGGUCAUCAAAGGUGGCCCUCUUUGGCCAAAGGACACAUGUUUCAAAAGUAGGAGUGACUGUGUGAAAGGAGAGGUGAUAGUUUUGGUUUUUAACACGUUAGGCUUAUUUAAGUAGAAUAAAGACUUGUUCAGAAAGCCCAUGAAGUGCUGUGGGGAAGGUUUA